AUGAAGCUGUUUCUGGUUCUUGUUGUUCUGCUGUUUGAGGUGCACACAGAUGCCGCAUGGCCCAAGAAAUGCUUUAGUAACAUAGUAGGCCGCUGCAGGAAGAAAUGUCCAGUGGGAGAAAUAUAUGAAAUACCAUGUCUAAAUGGGAAAUUAUGUUGUGUUAAUGAAGAUGAAAGCCAGAAAUACGAGAAAGUUGAAAAGCCACGCCAGCCAUCUCCAGUGCAGUCUGACCAGAAGCUGGACUACUCGAUUUUACCCACCGUCACACUCGUCACCAUCCAAUUUUAA